CGUGGAGAGGAGGAUAGACGUGGAAGGACAGAGAGAAACAUGGAGAAAACAAUGUAAGAAGAAAUGAAGAGAGAGAAGAACAGAGUGAGAGUCUAUUUUUUGAAUUAAACCCCUUCCAAUUCUCCAAUUGUUCUUCACCAAAUGCUACGAAAUUCGAAACCCAAAUUCCAAAUCCUCCCCCCUUCAAUACCCAUAUCUCAAUUUUCUUCCUUUUGAUUGAAAUUCCCCCUCUUUUGAUCUUCUUCCCCUGUUUCCCUCUUCAAUUUUGAGCUUCUCCUUCAAGCUUGUUUAUUGAAAUUUAAUGGUUUGUUCUUUAAAAGAUCAGUCUGUUCUAAUUUUUAUUAACUUUUGAGCUCAAUUUAUUCAAAAUUAUCGCAAAAUUUCUCCAACUUUCAAGGAAUUUUGUCUGUCUUUGGUUCCAAAAUUCCUUUGGUUUCUGUAUAUGCAAAUAUAUACAUCAGAACAAAUUUUCCUACUGAAACCGCAAUUCCUCUGUUUUCCCGAAUUUGGCUGAAAAACCUGAUCAUGGGAGUGCAGAAGGACAGGAUCAAAUUCAACGUUGGGGGCAGAGUCUUUGAAACAACUGCCACGACGCUAGCGAACGCUGGCAGGGAUUCAUACUUUGGCGCAUUGUUCAACGAUGAUUGGGACUUGUUACACUCUAACAACAGCCAAGAAUUCUUCAUCGAUGGGAACCCCGAGUGCUUUUCUAUUCUCCUCGACCUCCUCCGGACCGGCUAUCUUCACAUCCCCUCUAAUGUGCCAGAGAGGUUGUUAUACAGGGAGGCCGCGUUUUAUGGCCUAAUUAAUCAUGUUCGAUCUGCGAAGUGGGGUCCGUUCAAUGGUAACAGGUUACGCUACUGCAAGUCAGUAACAGGUCGGGCUCCUGGAGACGGGACGGCCAUCAGAGCCGGACCGGACGGCGGGUGUGCUGUCGCUCAUGGAAGCAUGGUGCAUGUGUUUGAUUGGAUGUUAGAAGAGCAUCCACCUAUCAACCUUGAUUACCAGAGAGUAAACGAUAUAGGUUGGGUCAACGCGGAUAGUGUUGUAAUCAGUACUUGCGAGAGGCUGGGGACGCCGGACGGCGGCAUGGGGCUGUUUACCUCAUCGACGGGAGAGUUAAGGUACAAAUUCAAUGUUGUUCAUGGCAACCAAACGAAGAGUUUCACUGCCGGAGCUCUGAGUUUCAGCCCGGAUUACAAGAUUUUCUCAAGUUGUAAAGGGAGGAGCAAUGAGUACGGAAUUGGGGUUUGGGACCAGGUCACCGGAAAACAAAUUGAUUUCUUCUAUGAAAGUUCUCUUGGGGAUGCAGAUAAACUGCAAUGGUUGAAUGGGAGAAACUGUUUGCUGGUUGCCACUUUGUUUCCUAGGAAAGAUAACUGUUAUAUUAGCAUCUUAGAUUUCAGACAGAAGAGAAUGGUUUGGUCUUGGUCUGACAUCGGAGCUCUGGUGACCGUUGAUGAGAAGAGAGUUAGAGACGCUAUAGCAAUAGAGGAGACCAACUCCAUCUGUGUAGUGAAUGAGUACGAGGACUUGGGGUUCAUAGAUUUGAGGAUGGAAGGAGGUGGGGUGAGGUGGAGCUCUAGAAGUAGAUUGAGCACGGGGAAUAUGCUGGAUGAGCCUUGUUAUCCAAAACUAGCAUUGCACGAGGGACAAUUGUUUUCAUCCAUGAACGAUUGCAUCUCUGUGUUUUGCGGUCCAGAUUGUGUGUUAACAUCCAGGCUCCGGAGAAGUGAUGGAGGUUCAAUCUGUGAUUUCUCAAUAGGGGGAGAUCGGUUAUUUGCAUUGCAUAGUGAAGAGAAUGUGUUUGAUAUAUGGGAGACUCCGCCCCCAAUCCUAUGAUUUAGGUCAUGGUUUCCUACCCUUUUGAUACACAAUGGUCAUCCUUCGUGUUUUUAGGUGGUAGAAGACAAAGGAAAGGAUAAGCAUAGCAUACAAUCAAACGUCUGGAAAGCCUUACAAAGGAGUUGUGUCUCUGUCUAUAAAGUUUGCUUCGUUUCAUUAGGAAAUAGCCCAAAUUUUUUUUCCAAAUCUCUCCAGACAUCAUCGUUUAAUUUCGAUAUCUUUAACUUUUUCUCUUUUUUUUUUUUUCAUUAUAAAAAUAAUCAUCUUUC